AUGCAUUAUUCGCCAUUAGUUGAAACAGAUUCUACUUUCCAUCAGUCAACUAAAACUAUUGAUUCAAUUGAUGGUACUUGUCAUAUUCGACCUGAUCGUACUGAUUAUUUAUGUCGUAUGUGCAAGAAUCAACUAAUUAAAAAACAACCAACUAAUCAUACACCAAUUGAAUGUCUUAGUCAAAGAUGCGAAUUAUUCGAAGCUGAAAUUGUUCAACUUAAAGAUCGUGAUAUGAAAUCACGUUUACAAAUAAAACAACUUGAAAAUAAAAUAAUGGCAUUAGAAGAUGCAAUAAAAGGGCUGACAACACCGAAAGACCUACUCGCAACUCCGUUUAGUUUAGGUGUAGGACACAAACUUCGACGUCAAUUGAAUAAAUCAAAUUCUGAAGAUACACUUUCAAAUAAACCAGAUGUAAACUAUGAUAACAUUUUACAACCAAAGAAAACAAGUAGUCGAGAACGUAUCGGACUUUUUGGAAGUCUUGGAGCAUCAUCUCAACAGCCUUAA